AGGAAGCGCUCCGCUCCCAUGACUCACGCACUACCCAGGACUUUCCUUCCGCCACAAAGCCUUAAUUUCCUCGUCGCUUCUACUUCACUUAGUUCAUUUGUUUUAUUCAUGCUGCUCCAGACUUAGCGUUUCGCUGCAUUUUUUUUUGCAAACAUGCUGUUAACAAUGAAGCUAUAUAUCUUUCUUUCAGUUCAUGUGGUGACGACCUUCGCUGCUGCUGACAAGAUGACAGCCGUCACUGCGUACUGGGACCAAGAGCAAAAGCUUGUGGUGCUGAAGGAAGGAGUGAUGGAGACGGAGAGCGAUGCGUACGGAUACCUGAAUGACACGCUGUCCAGCACAGGCUGGAGCGUCCUGGAGGUCCGGGCCGGAUACGGGAAGACAACCCAAACUGACGAGRUCACCUUCUUCCUGGCGGGCUACGUGGAGGGAUUCCUCUCUGCCCAGCAGAUGAUGGACCACUACACCAACAUGUACCCGCAGCUGAUCACCGAGCCGAAGAUCCUGGAGCCGGUGAAGACUUUCAUGUCGAAGCAGGACUCGUGGGUCAGAGAGCAGGUGAAGCUGAACAAGAGCUCCRAUCCCCUGUGGCGACACGCCGGAUUCAUCGUGGCCCAGCUGGACGGUCUGCAGGCCGGAGCCGCGGACUGGGCCAAGAAGCAGGGGAAGAAGCCGCUGUCGCUGUUCGACAUCCAGUUCCUAAACGCGGUGGGAGACCUGCUGGACCUGAUCCCRGCCUUGGUGCCCGGCUCCAACUCUCUGCUCAGAGACUUCAAGCUUCCGGGGAUGGGUCACUGCUCAGCACUCAUCAAGAUGCUUCCAGGUUAUGAGGACCUCCUGUUUGCCCAUUCCAGCUGGUACACAUAUGCUGCCACCAUGCGCAUCUACAAGCACUGGGAUUUCCACGUCACUGAACCGCACACGGCCACCGGGAAACUGUCCUUCAGCAGCUACCCGGGUUUCUUGGUGUCACUGGAUGAUUUCUACCUCCUGGGCAGCGGCUUGAUGAUGACCCAGACCACCAACAACGUCUUCAACUCCUCCCUGUUUGACCUAAUCACUCCCAACAGCCUGCUGUCGUGGCAGAGGGUCCGGCUGUCUCACAGUGUUGCAGASGAUUCGGUCCAGGAGGUUCUGAAGAAAACAGAACCAGCAGUCGAAUUUCACGCGCCACCACCAGAGAAAAACGGUCAGGACAUUCAGGGAGUCUCGGAUGGCUCCUGUCGCCCGAUGCACCAGCCCAACCCAAAAUGUGAGGACGGCUUCGRCGUUUGCAGGGACGACCACAGAGUCCCACUUCCUGCCACCGAGCUGGGAGGCACGGCGUUAGUCACUGCCAAAACUGUGUAG